GUGAUGACGUUUGGGACGCCAUCACCAACACGGAAGUAGCAGACUGUGUUUUGUUUGAGCAGAUCGCGGAGUAUCAUCUGACAAAUUUGAUCAGUUUUCUCGGGUCUUUUUUUCCCUCUCGUAAGGCUCACCUUGGACGUCCACUUUGUCUUUCAGCGCGUCUUCCUCUUGUUGUCGUUUCAGUUGUCGUCGUCGAGUGUCCAGUGGCCGCCAUGAACGUGACGCUGGCGGUGAAACAGUACAUCUCCAAGAUGAUUGAGAGCAGCGGGGCAGGGAUGAAGGUGCUGCUCAUGGACAAGGAGACGACCGGCAUCGUGAGCGUGGUCUACACGCAGUCCGAGAUCCUGCAGAAGGAGGUCUACCUCUUUGAACGGAUUGACUCUCAAAGCAGAGAAAGCAUGAAACACCUGAAGGCCAUCUGCUUCCUCAGACCCACCAAGGAGAACGUGGACCAUCUCAUCCAGGAGCUGAGGAGACCAAAGUACAGCGUCUACUUCAUUUACUUCAGCAAUGUGAUCAGUAAAAGUGAAAUCAAAGCUUUGGCUGAGGCUGACGAACAGGAAGUGGUAGCUGAAGUGCAGGAGUUUUAUGGAGAUUUCAUCGCUGUAAAUCCUCACGUGUUCUCUCUCAACCUGCAGGGUGUGGCCAAGGGGCGUAGCUGGGAUCCGUCCAUGUUGUGGCGCUGCACGCAGGGCCUGACGUCCGUCCUGCUGGCCCUGAAGAAGUGUCCCAUGAUCCGCUACCAGCUGUCCUCCGACAUGUCCAAACGCCUGGGGGAGAGCGUCAAGCAAAUCAUCACCAAGGAGUACGAGCUGUUCGACUUCAGGAAGACGGAAGUCGCGCCCUUGCUGCUGAUCCUGGACCGCAGCGACGACGCCAUCACGCCGCUCCUCAACCAGUGGACCUACCAGGCCAUGGUGCACGAGCUGCUGGGCCUCAACAACAACCGUAUCGACCUGUCCAGAGUACCCGGCAUCAGCAAAGACCUGCGCGAGGUGGUCCUGUCCGCUGAGAACGACGAGUUCUACGCCAAUAACUUGUACUUGAACUUUGGUGAGAUUGGCACCAACAUCAAGAACCUGAUGGAGGACUUCCAGAAAAAGAGACCGAAAGGCCAACAGAAGCUGGAAUCCAUCACGGACAUGAAGGCGUUCGUGGACAACUACCCGCAGUUCAAGAAGAUGUCGGGCACCGUGUCCAAGCACGUGACGGUGGUGGGCGAGCUGUCCCGCCUGGUGGCCGAGCGGCAGCUGAUGGAGGUGUCGGAGGUGGAGCAGGAGCUGGCCUGCCAGAACGACCACUCCAGCGCGCAGCAGAACGUGCGCCGCCUGCUGCAGAACCCGCGCCUGUCCGAGCUGGACGCCGUCCGCCUGGUGAUGCUGUACGCGCUGCGCUACGAACGCCACAGCAGCAGCAUCCUGUCCAGCCUCAUGGACGAACUCAGCAGAAGAGGCGUGUCGGAGAGGCACCGCAAGAUGGUCCAAUGUAUGGUGGAGUACGGCGGCAAGAGGGUUAGAGGAAGUGACCUCAUCGCGCCGACAGACGCCGUCGCCAUCACCAAACAGUUCUUCAAAGGCCUCAAGGGUGUGGAGAACGUGUACGCGCAGCAUCAGCCCCUUCUUCACGACACGCUGGAUCAGCUGGUGAAAGGUCGCCUGAAGGACAGUCAGUUUCCGUAUUUGGGAGCCAGCAGCCUCAGAGACAGACCCCAGGACGUGGUCGUGUUUGUGAUCGGAGGAGCGACUUACGAAGAAGCUCUGUGUGUGUACAACAUGAACCGCAACACACCUGGCGUUCGCAUCGUACUGGGAGGGAGCACCAUGCUCAACACCAAGAGCUUCCUGGAGGAAGUGAUGUCAUCGACGAGCGGCGGAGAUCGGUCGCGGGUCGGCGGUCGGCAUAGCAACAGACACUGAGCGUUCGAUGGACACAACAGCAUUCUUUCCUCCGUCGAGUUUGUCACAAUUCCAUCGUCCAUCUUUGUUGUUCUUCAAAUGUCCCAGCGUGGCUACACAGGAAGCGGAGGAGUGGAGACAGGAAGUGUGAAGAAAAUGUGCUUGACAUGAAUGGAUGCAAGGCGGCGAGACUGAAGAUCUACUUAUCACUUUCACGUUAUUGUCUUUGUUCAACCGAACAAAAUGUAUGCAAAUCUUGUCAUUUAAACAUGAAUAAAUUGAAAACGGGUGACGACUGGUUAGCA